CUGACGAUUGUAGAAACCGUUGAACAAGAAAAAACAGAACCCCACAAAUCAUUGGCAAUCAUACAUUCCCGCAAAUUAAUCUCCGAGCUUCAAUUCCCGCAAAUUUCAAACUUGUAUAAAUAGGCAUCACGAUCACAAGCAAUUCAAAAUCUGUUUGCCUGAGCUCUUGCUGUUUUCUUCCUUUUGUAACGUGAAAAAAAGGGUCGGGGUUGGGUUGGCUGACCAAUCAACCUCCGUCAAACCCUCCCUUUUUUUCUCCGUUGCCGAUCAACCUCUCCUCGACAAAAUGUUUAAUAAGCUGCGCAAAUUGGACGCCUACCCCAAGGUCAAUGAGGAUUUCUACAGCCGCUCCUUGUCCGGCGGCGUUAUCACUAUCGCCUCCUCUCUCUUCAUUGCUUUGCUCCUCAUCUCCGAAUUCAGAUUAUACCUCCACACGGUUACAGAUACACAGCUUGUGGUAGACACGUCAAGGGCAGGAAAAUUACCUAUCAAUUUUGAUGUAACUUUUCCGAGCGUUCCAUGUGCGUUGCUGAGUCUCGAUGCCAUAGAUAUCAGUGGGGAGCAACAUCUCGACAUUAAACAUGACAUUAUCAAAAAGAGAAUUGAUUCCUAUGGCAAUGUGAUACAAGCGAGGCAAGAUAAAAUUGGUGCACCCAAGAUUGAGAAGCCUUUGCAGAAACAUGGCGGCAGGCUUGAGCACAACGAGGAAUACUGCGGGUCAUGUUUUGGUGCAGAAACGGCUGAUGAUCACUGCUGUAAUUCGUGUGAAGAGGUUCGUGAAGCAUAUCGUAAGAGGGGCUGGGGAAUGACAGAUCCUGAUCUGAUUGAUCAGUGCCAACGAGAAGGUUUUGUUCAGCAAGUGAACGAGGAAGAAGGUGAGGGAUGUAAUAUACAUGGAUCUUUGGUGGUUAACAGAGUAGCUGGGAAUUUUCAUUUUGGCGCCGGGAAAAGCAUUAGUCAUUCAACUAUAAAUCUGCUCGAUUUGAUAACUGUACAGACAGAGAGUUAUCACAUAAGCCACAAAAUUAACAAGUUAUCUUUCGGGGAUGCUAUUCCCGGCGCUGUAAACCCACUGGAUGGGGUGCAAUGGAAGCAAACAUCACCAAACGGUGUGUAUCAGUAUUUUAUUAAGGUGGUUCCGACCGUAUACACUGACAUUAGAGGGCACACUACCCAGUCAAAUCAGUUCUCAGUUACCGAACACUUCAAGAACACCGAUUUGAACCAAUAUAAAUCUCCCCCCGGCGUUUUCUUCUUUUACGACCUAUCUCCUAUAAUGGUCACUCACACCGAGGUGCAUGCGUCGUUCCUCCACUUCUUGACACAUAUUUGUGCCAUAGUAGGAGGUGUAUUCACAGUAGCCGGGAUAGUCGACUCGUUCAUUUACCACGGGAAGAAGGCACUAACUAGGAAAGCAGAAUUAGGGAAACUCAGAUGAAGGCCUGUGAUUUAUCAUGAAAUGAAGAAGAAAGGGCAGUGAAACCAUCAUAGUGUGUUGACAAAAUUGCUGCUUUUUUUGACAAUUUUGCCCUUCAUUUUGUAGUAAUCGAUUCUGUAGAAUUUGUUCAUUUGUACUUGCAUUUUCCAGAUUAUAAAGAGCUGUGCCUUUUUCACUUGCAAA